GAUCUCCCUUUUUCCUCUUCCAUUUUGUCCUGCUCUUUGCUCGAUCUCCUCCUCAUUUAAAGCUCCCACAUUUCAAUGCCGGAGCUGACUCCCAAACACCAUUUAUUCCUCCCUUAACCAAUUCUGCAUUGCUUUCUUUAACGCCCCCAUCUCAUCUCUUCUCCAUUCCAUUAUUCCUGUCGUCCUUAACUCACGCGUACAGAUGAGUCAACUCAGGGUGAUAUUGCAGGAAUCGGUUGAGAGAGAGCGAAUGGACGGCAUAGGUGGAGAAGAGAGGAGACGGAGGAGUUUUAAAGAACGGCUUGGAUUUAAAGGGAUCGGCUGUUGCAGUGGCAGCGCUGUCUUGAGUUCCCAACCUAGUAAUAUGAGCGUCAGAGACGGCGACGAAGAGCUGGCAGAUGACAGCCACCAGGUGACGACGGUGGUAAGUCCGGUUCAAACCCGGGCAGACAACAGAUUAGAUCCGGGAUGUACGGAAACUGUUCCGGUUUCCUCGGGUAUGAACCUGGCCGAGGCGUUAGCAGCAGAACGACAUUUCCGGGCAUCGCAAGAACCGGAGGGAGAUUUUGUGAGGCCCACGAGAAAUGGAACGGUUGAUUUCGAGUCAGUGGGAGGCAGGACGCCGAUGAGGGUGUCGUUGAUGAGGUUGCUGGAGGAGACGGACUGCGGCAGUGGAGAGGCGAAGGAGGAGGAGAAGGAGGAGGAGGUGGAGGAGAGAGGCGGGGGAGCGGUGGGGAAUGAUUGGUUGUGCUGCGUGUGUAUGGGGAGGAAAAAAGGUGCGGCCUUUAUCCCAUGUGGACACACCUUUUGCAGGGUGUGUUCAAGGGAGGUGUGGUUGAACCGAGGGUCUUGUCCCCUUUGCAAUCGAUCAAUUCUUGAAAUUCUUGACAUUUUCUAAACAAAAAAGGAGUCAAGAUUACAACAAUGAUGAUGAAAUUGUAAUGAUAAUCAUGUGGAGUUGCAUGAUUUUGAUGAUUUUAAUCACUAUGAGUGAGUGUUUGAGGUGAUUGGAAGGAAGGAAUGAUUUUUUAAUUAAUUAAAUUAUAAUUC